AUGGACAGUUGCUCUGAGACACUAACACAGGGCAACUUGCUGCCUUGGGAGUCUGGUGUCUUCAAGCAGAUUUUUGAAUCAGAGGAAGCCGUGAGCUGGAAUGAUUCCUUCGACUUGCCUCAACUGCCGAUACCAGAUGAUGCAGGUGAGAUCCUGCCUCCUUCUGAGAAGAAGCGGAGAGUUGAGGAGUCUGGGAUGCUGCCAGGGAUAUGCUUCUCUGUGGUUCGGAAGGGUCCUGGGAUUUCUUGGGAAGAGCAACGUGAUCGCGACUUUGAUAGGGCUAUUGCUCGCUGGUCUUUUGUGAUAAUCAAGUGGUCCGAAGUGAGCCCUGAUUUAUUGGUGUGCCGGAGCCUGCUCGAUUGUGACACGAUCGACGAAAGGACGGACGUCCUCAAAGACUGGCUGCAUCCGAAGGCGCCUGGAACUCUUCUCAAGCGUGUCAACUCUUUGCUCCGCUACCAUAAGAGUGCCGGUUGGUCCGAGGAUGUUUUUCCUUACAAGGAAGCCAAAGUUUAUGAGUACAUGAGUGCCGCAAGAUCAGGGGGAGCAAAACCUUCGCAAAUGCGAGCUUUAAGAGAGGCCAUUAUCUUUGCCAGACAUAUGUUCACCAUUCCGGAGCUUGAUGCAGUGAUCAGCAGCAGGAGAUGCCUGGGUGUGUCUCUUCGUGGACAGAAAAAGUGUGCUCGGAAGAGGGCCGACCCGCUCACUGUCAAGAAUCUUCGAUUGCUGCAUGCGAUGCUGCGGGACCUGACGGUACCGGCAUGGGAUCGGGUCUUUGCUGGGGCUACUUUGUGCUGCAGUUAUAUGCGAUCCAGGUGGUCAGACUUCCAGCAUGCCUCUAGUUUCCAAGUGGAGUAUGGAGAGGGGGGCGAACGGCUUUUCCUGGAGUACACGUGUGAGGUCUACAAGACAGUUAACUCGAAAUUCUUCGCUGGACAGCCCAUUCGAUUCGUGGCGCCGGGGCGGGGCAUUGUUGAUGACAACUGGCUUGACUUGUGGUACGAGGCCCGCUUGGAGAUUGGCAUCGACGAUUUCGUGCCACCGCUCCCGACGCCGGGCCCUUCUGGUGACCCUACUGGAGCAUCGGUGUCUACCGAGGAGAUCGCUCGAUGGCUGCGCAAGGUUUGCGGUGAUCGGGAACACCUUCGGACCUCGGGUCACACACUUAAGCGAACUUUCUUAACGAUGGCGACGAAGAGAGGGGUGGAGCACCUGGACCGCCUUGUUCUCGGUGGCCAUGCAAACUCAGCAGGCAUGGCCGAUGUCUACGGGGGAGAUGAACUUGCUAGACCGCUGCGCUUGCUCAUUGCUUUGAUCUACGAAAUCAAGUCAGGAAUUUUUGAUCCCGACGCAGGCCGCGCUGCGUACCUUAAGGGCGGUGGCUUAACAGAGCCGCGAUUGGGCGGGUCUUCGCCACCAAGGGGGGACCCAUCUUCAGCUGGGAAGUCUUGGCUCCGGGUGGACCAAUUCGGCAAGGAGUCCGACGAUGCUGUGUCGCAGGGGAACAAUGACCCUUUCGACGCCGAAGGCUCGGAUUGUCUGGCGAACCCUCCUGAUGAUGCUGCUGGAGAAGCGGGGGAGGCGGGUACUUCGUGCUUGCCCGAACAAAGCGCUCUCGAGGCCGGGGAGGCUGCUGCCGAGGCUGAUGAUUCGAGCUCCUCCAGCUCGAGAUGGUCACCGACUUGUACAGACCUCCGGGCAAGAUCCGUUAUGACUCCUCCGUUUGCCGCGCUUUUGAUUGCAUCACUCCGCUGUAAUGCAGUGAUCUUCAGAAGGGCUCUUUUCAUUUUUGCCUCCGGAGAUUUCCUUUGCGGCCUCGAGAUUGUAGCCGGGAACAUGUCGUUGGUCGACAGUACGGCCGCGUUCAAGCAGCGGUGCCAUGAUGUCGAUGGUAGUGCGUUGCUGACGGCUUUGGAAGCGCAGGGCAUCACCAGCUUUGCAUCCCUGGCUUAUGCGUGUGGGACGCCGCAGGACCGCCCCACGCAGGCGGAGAUGGACGCUUUUGCUACUCGCAUUCUUGGUGCUGCGCCGCGCCUUGGUGACAUUGCGUUGCUUAAGCGGCUCCUGUUCGAGGCUUGCACGUACGUGAUCGCCCAGCUGCGGCAAUCUGUGCAAGGCGAGACCUCAGAGACCCCACGGAAAUUGCCUUUGGCAGAGAAGGCGGCACGGGCUGAGGACCAAAAGCGUCGGCUCGUUGGCGUGCACAUCGAGCGACAUGAUAACUCACUUAAGGUGGGUAACGAUCAGCCCAAGGACACCGCCUCCUUUGACUCCCCGAUCAAACUUCAGUGGUGCUUGCAGAGACGUGGGCUGGCUCUUGACCAGGCGGACCGCGAGGCAUGGUUGAUCAUGGCAUCCGAGGUCAAGUCGCUUAAGGUCACCGCCGCCGGUGACUUCCCUCUCGGAGUGGCGCUUGAUGCACUGAGAACCGACCCUCGAAUCACCAUGCUGAAGGCCGCAUCUUCUUCGCGCACUACCACCCCCACCGGCAAGGCCCCGUCUGCAGCUCGCACCAUGCCUGCCGAGCUCAAGGAUGCUCACCAGAAGGCCGAGGAUGGCACGCCGAUUUGUUGGGACCACAACUGCGGCGGCUGCAAGAACAAAACGGAGGGCGACCCUCCCAGGGUGCUGGCACGGGCAAGUCCAAAUCCGAGUGACUCGGUGUUCCACCUCGCGGCCCUAGCACAGUUGAGGCUGCUGCGAUUUCAGGCACUAGCUGAGGUCGAGCGAUUGGCUGCCGCUUGCUUGCGUGCCGGUUUUGUGAGUUUCGACUCACUCAUGUCCAUGAGUGCUUUGCUUCCCGCCGAUACAGUCCAGGGACCGUCAGGUCCGGCGGUGUGGCUACUUGCUGCCGGUGCACCAGGGGCCACAGCUCCUCCCAUCGGAACCAUGGCUGUCCUGUUUCUGCAUCUCCUGCCUCUGUCGAGCACGACGGCGGUUGCGCUUCACCUCCUGCUGAUCGGCCUUUCCCCGCCCCCUUGGGUGACCCUCGUUCCCGCCCCGGUUCCGCGCGCUUUCCACGAGGUAACCGUUUCAACCGCUGCUUCGGGCUAUGCUUCUUCCCCCGCUUCUACUUCUGCGGCUACGAUCAACCGUGUCUUCCCCGACCAGGUCGCGCCUUUGGUGUUAGAGGUCUUUGCGGGUACAGCGCGCCUCAGCUCUGCAUGUCAACGGCUUGGCUUUCGCACUUUGGCGGUCGACAAGGCUUCUGUGCAAAGUCGCUUUCCCAUACAGCAGCUGGACCUCACCCUGGCUGACGACCUGGCCAUGCUCCUGGACAUCAUUCGGCUUGAGUCUGCCAACAUCGCUUGGAUUCACUGCGCUCCGCCCUGUGGGACAGCGUCUGCCGCUCGAUCUCGCCCGCUUGCUGGGGUCGACCCCUCCAUGAAGGCGCCGGUUCCUUUGCGGAGCACCACCGAGCCCCAAGGACUCAGCACUCUUCACGGCCGAGACCGGUUGCGGGUGGAUCAAGCAAACUUGCUUUACCGGGCGGUGGGAGCCAUCGCCGACCUUGCCCUGGAGCUGAAGAUCUUCAUCUCCAUCGAGAACCCUGCAAACUCCCUUGCGUGGCUUUGUGACGGGCUGGACCAUCUUUUUCGUCUUCCUCACCAUCAGGUCGUCUUUGACGCGUGCAUGCACGGCGGCACGCGUGACAAACGGGGCCUUCUUUGGUGUUCUGAUGAUCGCUUCUUGCCUCUGGCACUGCUCUGCUCUCGAGACCACGCUCAUGCAUCUUGGCGCUCUCGGGUCCUGGCUGGUACGGCUACUUUCCCUGCUAAGGACGAGGCUGCGUAUCCCCACCUGUUGUGCGAACGCAUGGCUUACAUUGUGGCCGAGCAUUCUGACAGGUUGCGCAAUUCGGUUCCCGAGCCUCGCCAGCCUGCGCAAAUGCACCUUGAGAAGCAGCCGCGAUUUGCACGGCCGCUGGUAUCAUGCUACCGCGACUACGACUCCUGGGCGGUCCCUGUUCGUGCGGCUGAGUUUCUUCUGGCCUUGCUGCGUUGCUACCCCAAGGGCGCCCGUGUUGUUCAACGCAAACUUGUGCCGUGGGGUAUGGUGCGGGUUUGCGUGCCAUCCUUGUGCCCUGCUGCUGAUUUUUCCACUUUGAAGGAGGCUUGGAAUGACCACAUGAGGCAAGCUGAGCCGGAGCAACACUUUUUGGAACAGCUGCAUCACGAGGAGACGGUGCAAGUAUGCGGUCUAUUGCAAAGUGAUGACCCCUGCUCGACUAGUGCAGAGCUGAUCGUUGUGGGCAUCCCGCGUGAACCUCAGGACUUCGUCAAUGAGGCGGUCAAAGCGGGACACCCUCGGAACGGGCUUGCGUCUAGUCGGUCUGGGCCGGCUGCUGACAUCGUGGAUGCUGUGCUCUUGUCCUUCGAAGACAGGGAGAAGAGGGCUGAAGCCACAAGACAGCGAUGGAGCAACAUUGAGGCGACUACGAGGUCUCUUAAUGACAAGAUACUGAAGGGCAAGCCCAAAUACUUGGUCGAGGCUCUUGGCAACAAGAAUGUCCUUGCUUGGAGAGACAUCCUUCGACACAAUGGCUUCAAGGACGAUCAGCUUUGGGCGGAUUUGAGAGAUGGCUUUCGCCUCACCGGGUGGAUGAGGGACACUGGAAUUUUUGACAAAAAGUUGCGACCUCCCGAGACGACCCUUGAAAGGCUGCUAGAACAAUCCAGUUACCGUACUCCUCUUACCUUGAACAAGCUGAGGAAAACGGUGGUGGAUGAGACCACCCGCAAAGCUUGGGCGGAGACGCUUGAGGAGGAGAAGAAGGGAUGGAUCUUCCGAGAGGAGAUGGCCGCUGGCAAGCCGAUGGUCAUUGCCCAUCGCUUUGGCUUGGAACAAAAAGGCAAGGUCAGGGUCAUUGACACCGGCAAGGAAUGUGGGCUUAACUUGGCUUGCGGCUUGCCAGAAAAGUUCACCUUGCACGGGGUGGACGUUCUGGCUGGUAUCUUUGUCGAGCUGCUGAACAGGAGAUACCUGUUGCUGUUUAUCGAAGACUGGUUGGAAUCCAGCUCGGGCAGAACUGGCUGGUGCGCCUAUUUUGACGACUUCCCGCUGCUGGCGGUCGAAGGCCAUGAGGCUCAGGUGAACGGCUUCGCGGGAGAGGUCUUUGACGCUUUAGACGUGGAAUACGCCAAGGAGGGGAAGAAGGCUACAGAGUUUGGGGAAACCUUCAACGCCCUGGGCCUUUCUUUUGACUUGACCCGUUUCCGUGAUGGUGUGGUGACGCUGCGCCACACCGAAGCAAGGACUGCUGAGCUGUUGGAGACGCUCGAUGGGAUACUUCAGGAACGCAAGCUUCGUCCCAAGGAUGCCGAGGUGCUUCGCGGCCGGAUGCAUUGGUAUACGUCUUACCUCUUUGGCCGGGCUCCCUGCGAGGCGAUGCACCAGAUAUCGAUUCGUGCUCAGGGCCACGAUGCUUGUGCUUCCUUGACGCCAGAACUGGAAGAGGCCUUGAUGACCAUGAAGUUUUUCUUGUCGGACCCCAAGCCACUUGAAAUACGGCAAACUACGGGCCGGGAGAUGUUCGUAUUCACGGAUGGCUCGUACGAGCCUGACGGGGACAUCAAGGCUGGGAUCGGGGGAGUGUUGUACGACGAUACUGGCACGCCCUUGUCCUUCUUCAGCUCUGACAUGGUGGGUUCAGACUUGUUGACCUUGGAGGAUCAAUCGGAUCACCCGAUUUACGAGGUGGAGCUUUACGCGGCUGUGGUCGCAUUUGAGCUCUGGGGACACUUGAUACAGGACAGCUUCACGGUCUUCUUCUUGGACAAUGAGGCUGCACAGUCGGCGCUCAUUGCUGGGAAAUCCGGCACUUCCAACGGGCGAGUGCUGGUACAGAGGUUUCUUGAUGCUGAGCACCGAUGGAGGGCAAGACCAUGGAUCGGCAGGGUCCCGACAUACUCGAACCCAGCUGAUGAUCCAAGCCGAAGUAUCUGUGAGCCGCUCAUCAAGCAAGGGGCGAGGAGGAUGGACGUUAGCAGUGUUCGUUUGCUCUCUUGA